UGCAUGAGGGAACUCCUCACAACUCCCACUCGCCUUUCCCUUCCUCCUCCUCCGUGUUUCUCUGGGCUCAGCUCAGCCCGGCAGCGGGACAAGGGGGGCGCAUCCAGCACUGCUGUCGACUAUCUCAAGCUGGGGGGGCUUCACAUUCAACCAGUCAUACACUUCAAGCGUGGAUGCUGCUGCACAGGAAAUGGGUUGUGAAUUCGCAUCGCUCAUCUAGCCGCUUCGCCGCCGGGGAUCUGUGUUUGGUCGAUUAUCGAAUAGCGUUACAAGGAAAAGCCCGUGGACUAACAGAAACUGCAGGGGGAAGAUAGUGCCAGAAGAUGCUCCGGUCCGGACAGCGUUUCACCUUAACAGCAGCAACAACCAUCGUGCUGCUGCCAUGUCUGCUGUCCUUUAAUGUGGACCAGAAGAACGGAUUGUCGUUCAACGGCCCGCUGGAGGACAUGUUUGGCUACUCCGUCCAGCAGUUUGAGAACAACGAGGGCAAAUGGGUUCUGAUUGGUUCACCACUGUCGGGCCAACCAGCUAAAAGGACAGGAGACGUCUACAAGUGCCCCGUGGGCACCGGGGACAACACAUGUGUCAAACUGGAGCUGCCUAAAAACACAACAGUUCCCAACUUACGUGAAGUCAAAGAGAACAUGACCAUGGGAACCACAUUAGUGACCAACCCCAGUGGAGGAUUUCUGGCCUGCGGUCCUCAGUACGGCUACAUGUGUGGACAACAGCAGUACAUCUCGGGCGUCUGCGCCAAUGUCAGCUCUUCCUUUGAGGUUGUCAACUCCAUAGCGCCAGCUGUGCAAGAGUGUGCUAAGGAGCUGGACAUUGUGAUAGUUCUGGAUGGGUCCAACAGUAUCUACCCCUGGUCCAGUAUCGUUGAGUUUCUAAUCCGCUUCCUCAAAAACAUCGAGAUUGGACCUAAACUCAGUCAGGUGGGCAUUGUGUCCUAUGGUGAGACUGUGACUCAUCGCGUCAACCUGAGCCAGUUUGACAACACGCCUGCGCUGCUGAAAAUGGUCGAAGACCUUCCUCAGCAGACGGGCUUCAAGACCAUGACCGCCUUGGGAAUUGACACUGCCAGGAAAGAAGCCUUCACGGAAGAGCGCGGGGCACGACCCGGGGUGAAGAAGGUCAUGGUGAUUGUUACGGACGGAGAAUCCCAUGACUACUAUGCCCUAAACGAGGUCAUCGAGAAGUGUGAAAAUGAUAGCAUCGAGAGGUUUGGCAUUGCUGUUUUGGGAGACUACAAUCGUCAGAACAAAAGCGCAGAAGAUGUGCAGAAGUUCAUUAAGGAGAUUGAGUCCAUCUCCAGCAACCCAUUAGGAGAUCACUUCUUCAAUGUGUCUGAUGAAGUGGCACUGCUGACCAUUGUAGAUGCCCUAGGAAGCCGGAUUUUUGCCCUGGAAGCUACAUCCGGCAAUCACACGUCAUCCUUUGAGAUGGAGAUGUCUCAGGCUGGAUUCAGUGCACAUACGUCUAAAGAAGGUGUUAUACUAGGGGCGGUGGGGGCGUAUGACUGGAACGGGACGGUGGUAAUGCAUACUGCCGGAGGAACACUAGUUCCUGGGAAGAACCAAUUCUUUGACCCGGAGAGUGAGGCGGGCUACGAAAGACUCGCUGGGUACACCGGCUAUGAUGUUCAGUCAGCGUCCACCCGUAACGGAGUGUUGUACAUCACGGGUGCACCGCGCUAUAACCACACUGGCCGGGUCGUCGUCUACCGUCUGACUGAAGACAACAACAUCACGGUGUCACAGAUACUGAAAGGAGAACAGAUCGGCUCCUACUUUGGCAGCGUCCUGCAGACAGUCGAUGUGGACGGGGACUCCUACACCGAUCUCCUCUUGGUCGGCUCCCCGAUGUACAUGGGCACCGAAAGGGACGAACAGGGACAAGUCUAUGUGUACAAACUCAACAAGGAUGACCAGUUCGAGCACCAGUUCACUCUAAAGCCUAUCAACCAGUCCUGCUGCACCAUCCAUACCGCCAGCUGCAGCCAUAAGAAUGAGCCGUGUGGCGCCCGCUUUGGCACAGCCAUCGCGGCGGUGUCAGACCUGAACCUGGACGGAUUCAACGACGUGGCGAUCGGUGCGCCGUUUGAGAAUGACCACCGGGGCGCCGUCUACAUCUACCACGGAGACAAGAGGUCACUCAAAGAGAAGUUCGUACAGCGUAUACCAGCAGGCGGAGACGGUGAGAAGGUGAAAUUCUUCGGCCAGUCAAUUCACGGAGUCAUGGAUUUAAACGGAGAUGGAAUCACUGACGUCACCAUUGGUGGGCUGGGAGGGGCGUCCUUGUUCUGGUCCAGAGAUGUUGCCGAGCUUCGUGCCACCAUGACGUUUGACCCCGUUAAAAUCAACCUCCAGCAGACCAACUGUGAGCCAGGCGGGCGUAAAACAGUGUGCGUCGAGACUCAGGUGUGUUUCACCUACAGCAUCAAAUCUGACAAGCAGGAUUCACACUCUGUCACAGAAAUCCGCUAUGACCUGACCCUGGAUGCUCUGCGCGCCAAAGCCAGGGCGUCAUUUCUCCUCCCAGAUGAUAAAAAUGACCGUAGGAUUUCCAAGAGAGCCGUCAUCACGGAUAAACUCUGCGUGAAAGAGACUUUUGCAUUGUCGGCCAGGCCGGACUUCCGAGACCCCCUCAUGGUCUCUCUGGAGUUUGGUCUCGCUGAAGAAGACAAGGGCCCCGUCCUGGAUGGAAACCUGCCCACCUCUAUCAACACGACCAUCCCCUUGGUGGACUGUGGCAUUGAUGAAAAAUGCAUUGCUGACCUCUCUCUUGAAGCAGAGCCCAGUGUAAAAGUAAUGUUGAUCAGAGCAAAAAAUGAGAAAAUUGAGCUGCACAUCACCAUCAGAAACAGAAAAGACAAUGCGUACAACACCAAGGUUUCUGUAAGCUUCACACAAAACAUCAACUUCGCCAAAGUAGAGCCGGAGAAAGAAUACAAUCUCAAUCACACCAAAGUAGAGUGUGCAGUUGGAUAUCCCUUCCUGGCCAGCAAUGCAAUGGACAAAUUCAAACUGAAAUUUGAUGUGAAUCCUAAUCAUAUUGAGGAGGUGAUUCAGAUCAAUGUGACAGCUUCAAGUGAUAGUGAGGAGCUGGCUUCUACCCUGCACGACAAUGUAGUGCAAAUCUCCAUCCCUGUGAAGUACGAGGCUGGAGUCAUAUUCUCAGUGAGGCCUAAGGAUGAACACAUUAUAGUGAAAGAGGGCGAACAAUACCCCGCUGUCUUCAAUCACACCAGUGUUAUUGGAGAGGAGAUCAACAUCACCUACACGGUGGACAAGGCAGGAGAUAUAUUGGUGCCUCCACUGAAGCUCAGGGUGACCUAUCCUCAUCGGUCUCCUAUGGAAAACACAUUAUUGUAUCUGACACAUGUCACCUCCAGCCCCCACGUCAAAUGUGAUGUACAAGCUCUGAUCAACCCCGACAAAAUCAGCCCACAGCAUGUGUUAAAACCCACUCCCAAGAAGGAAUCGCUCAGCGUCUACCUGCUGGGCUGCGAGAACCACCCUUGCGCGUCCUUUGCCUGCUCCAUACCUGAGGCGACGACGAGUCAGGUCAACGUUACGUUCAGAGUGUGGAAACCUACGUUCAUUAAGGGCGAGUUUUCCAGUCUGUACAUGUUGGUCAACGGCACACUGGAGACAGUGAACACUGAUCUGUUCGUGCUGAGCAAAAGUAACAAUAACUUAAUGGUGAAGAUCCAGGUGUCUAAGGAGUCCUUAGGCGGGAUCCCUUGGUGGAUCAUCCUCAUCAGCAUCCUGAUAGGACUGCUCAUCUUAGCGCUCGUCAUCUUUGCUCUUUGGAAGAUGGGCUUCUUCAAGAGAAAAUCCAUGGAGGACAGAAAGGAGGACAUGAUGGACUGAGGUGUCCAGACUGCCAGCACCAACUCUGUGACCGUCUAGAGCCGUCAAACAGACAAAGCCGCAGGCAGAUGUAUAAAUAGACAGUCGGACAGACAGGGGAAACGCCGUAAGACCCACAACCACCUCAGUGCUAUGACACCGACAUGACAACUAGAGCAAACUAUAUUAUAAUCACUAUUCACUGUUUCCUACGCAGGCCUGGGUCAAACAGUACUUGCGAAUAAAUCCUAACACCUGCCUUAAUCUGCUUUGAGUACAAGAAUGCAGCUACUCGGUGCAUUUUGGCAGACAGGGUCCCGUCCAGAAAGUGCUACUGAAUAGGCUUUAAAGAUACUGCCCUUUCCUAAACUUUCUGGCGCUCACUGUACGUAGCAAAUUCCAGCCAUCUGUUUUCCAAGCAAAACAGAUGCCAUGGGAUAUUGGCAAAUUUUGUUUGACCCGGAUCAGCUCCUCUGGCAUAGACACCAUCAACAACAGUUUGGACAGUUAGGGAAGAGGAACCGGAGAAGGCGAAGGUGAAGAAGAGGAAGAAGAAGCAUUUACCUGCCGCCUCAUCACAGGCUCAACAACUUCAGCCGACAUCUGCUUGCGAAGCUGUUUCUCAGUUUCCACAAACCCUACACAAAUCUAUAGCAAAUCUAUAGUUCUACUGCAACGUAAGAGGAAAAAAAAAAUUACUCAGGUUUUAAAGAGGAUCCAAAGUCACCAAAGCCACCUCACAUAUUACUUUCUUUGUCCUUACAGCAGCAAUGUCCAAAGGUCUAUUUGCCUCAGUAAAACAUACAAUAUGUGAAUUAUAUGGGGGCUACAGUAGUCUGUCUGAUAGUUGAGAAUCCUGUGUUAAAGGUUAUUUGCUCGAAUAUUUUUUUAUGGAAACACUGUACAUUUUUAGCAUUUUUAUAGCUUUUUUGUUUGUUUGUUUGUUUGUUUGACAUUUUUAUACGUUUUAGCCUACCUUCAGAAUAACACAACACAUCUUUUAAUUCAUAAUUGGCUGUAGACACUUAAGUUGUGCUAAACAACGGUGCAGCAUGUAUGCUUUUAGUUCUUAUACUUCUUUUACAUGGUUGGUUAAUUCACUCAAAACCGAGGAAUCCUGUCCCUACUCUUAUGUCAAAUGUGCCUGUAGUUAUCUCCUUCAUUACUGGAGGAUAAAGAGCGCUGACAGACUGCACCUUUGUAAUCCAAACCUUUGAUUGUACUGUAAAUGUAAGUAAAUGCUCACAAUGUAAAACUUUAAAAUGUACAUAAUUGUGUUUGCUAUAAUUCAUAUAAUUUAAGACAAAGGUAAGGUUUACCAUGUUAUCUACAAUGUUUUUUUUUUUUUUUUUUUUUGGUCAUCCUAGGAGAGAGAACAUAAUUUUGCUCAGGUGAUACAAGAGUCAUGAACUAUAUGAAUGAAAUAUUAACAUUUGACAUAUAAGAAAAUGAUCAGGCCUGUCUCAGUACUUCAAAACUGAUGCAAAUAUGUAAAUAUUGUUAUAUUUUAAUGAGAAAUUGAAAAUAUGAUUAUUCUGUACUGAAACUUUACACAAAGAUUAGGGUCUGUAUGUACUACUUUCAUCCACUUUUGUUCUUUGAGGUUACAUAAUUGUAAAAUUAUUUCAUUUGAGUGAAUCUUAUGUUCAAGCCUGGUGCAUGAAUGCGAACAAAGACAUGUUUGUGUUUUGAAAUGCCAAAGCUUUAAAUUAAUGACAUGUAAUGUCAUUAAUGACUGUUACCUACUGAGGGUGAUUUAUUCUUUGCAAAAAAGA